UACGUAGAGAAAAGGGUUCCGGGCCGCGCGUACACACCACAGUUCUGGGCAGGAACGUUACAAAAGUCAGUCUCCCUGGUCCAGUGCAACUAGAUUUCGCUACCGCAGCCCUGAGAUGUGCGCGGUGCUCCGCCAACCCAAAUGCGUCAAGCUGCGAGCCCUACACAGCGCGUGCAAGUUCGGCGUGGCGGCCCGGAGCUCUCAGGAGCUGCUGCGCAAGGGCUGCAUCCGCUUCCAGCUCCCGGUGCCCGGCUCCCGGCUUUGCCUGUACGAAGAUGGCACCGAAGUGACCGACGACUGCUUCCCCGGCCUUCCUAACGACGCUGAGCUCCUAUUGCUCACCGCUGGAGAGACCUGGCACGGCUAUGUGAGUGACAUCACACGUUUCCUCAGUGUGUUUAAUGAGCCACACGCCGGGGUCAUCCAGGCUGCACGGCAACUGCUGUCAGAUGAGCAGGCCCCACUGAGGCAAAAGCUGCUGGCCGACCUUCUGCAUCAUGUGAGCCAGAACAUUACUGCAGAGACCCGGGAGCAGGACCCAUCCUGGUUUGAAGGUUUGGAGUCUCGAUUCAGGAAUAAGUCUGGCUACCUGAGAUACAGCUGUGAGAGUCGGAUCCGGGGUUACCUGAGAGAGGUGAGCGCUUACACCUCUGUGGUGGAUGCAGCGGCUCAAGAAGAGUACCUUCGAGUCCUCAGCUCCAUGUGCCAGAAGCUCAAGUCCGUGCAGUACAAUGGCAGCUAUUUCGACAGAAGUGCAGAGGCCAGCAGCCGCCUUUGUACUCCAGAAGGAUGGUUCUCCUGCCAGGGCCCCUUUGACCUGGAGAGCUGUCUUUCCAAGCACUCCAUCAACCCCUAUGGCAACAGAGAGAGCCGGAUUCUCUUCAGUACGUGGAACCUGGAUCAUAUAAUAGAGAAGAAACGCACCGUGGUACCCACGUUGGCUGAAGCAAUCCAGGAUGGGAGGGAGGUGAACUGGGAGUACUUCUACAGCCUGCUCUUCACUGCUGAGAACCUGAAGUUGGUGCACAUUGCCUGCCACAAGAAGACCACACACAAGCUGCAGUGUGACCGCAGUAGGAUCUAUCGGCCUCAGACAGGAUCCAGGAGGAAGCAGCCUGCUCGGAAGCGCCGUACUCAGAAGCACCAGUGACACUUGCCAUACCUUCUUUGAGGCGAUUGCGGUGGUAAUGGGGACAGUUAUGCUUUGUCACUCUAGAAGGUUCAAGAAAAAUCUUUAGGAGUCUUUCCAGUGAAUCCGAUUUGUGUACCUUCCCAGUUUGCAUCCCCAGCCUCUGACAGCCCAGUGUGCAGAGGACAAUGUAGGUGCUCAUCAUAUUCCUGUGGCAGGGCCUUCGUGCUCAUGGCCCCAGGGCUGAACUUGGCCACUGUGAUGUGUGGUGGUGCUGAGCUUUUAUGGCCUCUGUUUCUACUGAGUACUGGUGGUAACUGAGUGUACGCCUCUGAAAGAAACAGUGCUUCCAGGGUAAACGUUUGCAUCUCAUAACAAACACGUAGGGCAUUCUCUGCUGAAUUGUUUAAAAUGUCAGAAGGUGGGAAGCCUUCCAGAUGUGUCCUGGUUUGAACAGCUGACUGUGGCCUUAUUUUGAGCCACGUGAAACUGAUGUUUUUAAUGGAUUAAAUAACGGCUGUCAACACUGAUAAAUGUAUGUACGCAUGAUUGGAGCGGGUUUAAACUUUCAUGUGGAGAAAUAGGAAACUGUUAAAAGCAUCGAUGGCUUUAUUGGUGCAGGGAAUGAUCUUGAGUUCAUGAUCUUCCUGCCUGAUCCCUAGAGCUGGGACUACAGGUGUGCACCACCACACUUGGAAUUUGGUUUUGUAAAUGUGUGUCAGCUUGUGCACAGUCUGUGGAAAUGCCACUCGACAAAAGCAGUCAUACUGGGGGAUUCAGCAGGGAUGAGACCGAUCACCAAGUACUAUCUCCUACACCACGUAUUUUAUAAUACUUCAUUCUUUUUCUCUGAGACUGGGUCUCACUAAGGAGCUCUGGCUGGACCGGAGCUCACUCUAUAGACCAGCCAGCCUCUGCCUCCUGCGUGCUGGGGAUUAAAGGUAUGUGCCACCACACCCAGCCUGAGUUUAUUUUUGAAAUGGACAUUUUAUAUAUUUUGUAAUGUUUGGAUUUUUAUAUUUGCCAUGUAAUCAGAAAAACAAUAAAGUGUUUCUAAAAUAGA